UGCAGGGGCUUUAUAAACCCCUCAGCUGCCUCUGGACAGUGCUGGCUCCAUCCUCCCAGCCUGCUGCACACGGGGCAGAGGCAGGGCCACCUGGAAAAGCUCCGAUUCCCAUUUUCCUCCAGGAGUGAAGAGGGGUUUUGUCCACCUUGUGGGUGGCUGUUUUUCCUCCCUCCUCCCUGCAAAGCCCCUGGAGGUGAAUGAGCUUGAAAUCUUCCUCGGCCUUUCGCUCCGAGCGCACCUUCCAACAGAGCUCUUUGGCCUCAUCUGCCCCCGCCCGGGAUCAGCACAUGGAGACAGCCCACAGCCUGUUCGGUGAGGACUUCGGGAGCUUCAUGCGGCCACGCAACGAGUCCCUGGGGUUCCCAGCCCGGCCAGGCAACAUGGGGAACAUCAAGACCCUGGGAGACACCUACCAGUUUGCCGUGGACGUCAGCGACUUCUCCCCUGAGGACAUCAUCGUCACCACCUCCAACAACCAGAUCGAGGUCCGCGCUGAGAAGCUCGCUGCGGACGGGACCGUCAUGAACACCUUCACUCACAAGUGCCAGCUGCCUGAAGACAUGAACCCCACUUCCGUCACCUCGGCCCUGGGCGUGGAUGGCACCCUCACCAUCAAAGCCAGGCGGCACCCAGCCAAACACACAGAGCACGUCCAACAGACCUUCCGGACUGAAAUCAAAAUCUGAGUGGGGGGGGCUUGGGCUGGGGCCGGGGGCCGGGGCUUGGGGGGCCUGAGGUGCCCUAGAAAUGACUCUUUAAAGAGCAGCUGGGGCAAAUCUCAAAACUUCAGCAAAAGCAAAAGGGGCAUUGGGCCAAAGUGGGGUCACAGAUACAGCAGCAGAGCGGCCACUGGGGGCCAUGCCCUGGGCUGGUGUUAAGCAGUAUGGCCCCACUGAGCAUAUGUGACUGCAGUGAGUCCGUGGAGCUAUGCGGAUUUCCACCAGCUGAGGAGCUGGCCUGACGUGCGGUUAGCCCCUCCACCCGAACCAUGUGGCCUUGGCACCUCUUAGGAGUGUUGCCACAACCGGCAGUGAGAGCAGGAUUUGGUGCUGGCUCCUCCGGAUUCACUCAGGGUGACUGCGACCAGGCUCUGGCCCAAUGGGCUUGUGCUGACACAACUGGAAGGAGAGUUUAGCCCCCAGGUUUAACCUGGAGCUCUUGGGUGUUCCUGAUGGGAGCCAAACCCCCCUCAGGCCAGGCGGUAUCGCAGGUCGCCCCACCCUAGGGAAGCAGGCAGCCCGUCCCAGGCCUAGGAGGCUCCCCUGACUCUCUGCGGAGGGACAUGCAGGCAGACCCUUAGGGCUGAGACUUUAUUCAUUUAUUAAACUAAAUUCA